AUGGCUUCAGUCAGCACAACUGCACCCGUUGAAGUAUGUAAUGCAGUUUAAACCCUAAAACCCUAGAAGGCACUCGUUCUAGAGCCUUCUUAUUCGUUUCUUAAAUCUUUCACACAAACGCACCCUCUGGUUUGUGGGUUUCUCUCUCUGCAUUGUUUGCUUCUUUCUCCCUCUUUCUCGCGCAAUUCACAUAAUGUAUCGCCUGGCUUCUAGUCUCGCCUCCAAAGCUAGGAUUGCUAGGAAUAGCAGCCAUCAGGUCAGUUGGAGCAGAAACUAUGCGGCCAAAGACAUCAAAUUUGGUGUGGAGGCUCGAGCUCUGAUGCUUAGGGGCGUUGAAGAGCUUGCUGAUGCUGUCAAAGUAACCAUGGGUCCUAAGGGUCGUAAUGUGGUGAUUGAGCAAAGUUUUGGUGCCCCUAAAGUGACCAAAGAUGGAGUAACUGUUGCCAAGAGCAUUGAGUUCAAGGAUAAAGUUAAGAAUGUUGGUGCCAGUCUUGUAAAGCAGGUUGCAAAUGCUACCAAUGAUGUGGCUGGUGAUGGAACCACAUGUGCAACAGUCCUUACGCGGGCAAUAUUUUCUGAAGGCUGCAAAUCAGUCGCUGCUGGAAUGAAUGCAAUGGACCUGAGGCGUGGUAUAACUAUGGCUGUUGAUGCUGUGGUGACGAACUUGAAGAGCAGAGCACAGAUGAUUAGCACAUCGGAAGAAAUAGCACAGGUUGGGACAAUAUCUGCUAAUGGGGAGAGAGAAAUUGGUGAGUUGAUUGCAAAAGCUAUGGAGAAAGUUGGCAAAGAGGGGGUAAUCACAAUUGCAGAUGCAAAAACUUUAUAUAAUGAGUUGGAAGUUGUUGAAGGAAUGAAGCUCGAUAGGGGCUACAUAUCUCCUUAUUUCAUAACAAACCAGAAGAACCAGAAAUGUGAACUUGAGGAUCCUCUCAUUCUAAUCCAUGAGAAGAAAAUCUCAAGUAUUAAUGCUGUAGUUAAAGUUUUAGAGUUGGCUUUGAAGAGACAAAGACCUUUAUUGAUUGUUGCCGAGGAUGUGGAAAGUGAUGCACUAGCAACUCUUAUUCUAAAUAAGCUUCGUGCUGGAAUUAAGAUAUGCGCUAUUAAGGCCCCUGGUUUUGGUGAAAAUAGGAAAGCUGGUCUUCAAGAUCUUGCAGUUCUCACAGGAGGAGCACUUAUCAAUGAAGAGCUUGGCUUGAAGCUUGAACAAGUGGAUCUGGAUAUGCUUGGCACUUGCAAAAAAAUAACAAUUUCUAAGGAUGACACUGUCAUUCUUGAUGGAGCAGGUGACAAGAAAGCAAUUGAGGAAAGAUGUGAACAGAUUAGGUCAGCAAUUGAAAAUAGUGCUUCAGAUUAUGACAAAGAGAAAUUACAGGAAAGAUUAGCCAAGCUUUCUGGUGGUGUUGCAGUGCUUAAGAUUGGAGGAGCCAGUGAGGCUGAAGUUAGUGAGAAGAAGGAUAGAGUGACAGAUGCUUUAAAUGCAACUAAGGCAGCUGUUGAGGAGGGCAUAGUACCGGGUGGUGGUGUUGCUCUCCUCUAUGCAUCAAAAGAGUUGGGUAAACUUCAAACUGCUAACUUCGAUCAGAAGAUUGGUGUUCAAAUUAUCCAAAAUGCUUUAAAGACACCUGUGCUCACAAUUGCUUCCAAUGCGGGUGUUGAGGGUGCUGUCGUUGUUGGCAAACUGUUAGAACAGGACAAUUAUGAUCUAGGAUAUGAUGCAGCCAAAGGUGAAUAUGUUGAUAUGGUUAAAGCUGGAAUCAUAGACCCUUUGAAGGUGAUUAGGACAGCCUUAGUUGAUGCAGCCAGUGUGUCAUCUUUGAUGACAACAACUGAAGCUGUUGUGUCUGAACUUCCAAAGGACGACAAAGAUAUUCCAGCUAUGGCUGGUGGCAUGGGUGGCAUGGAUUAUUAGCCAGCUAGCUCCUAUUUGAUUAGACUUGGAGCAAAGAAUGGUGCUGAGCCCACACUUAACCCCACCCCACCCCCUUUUUUCCUUCUAAAUUAUGUGUUGUGUGAGGGCAUCACUGUAAUCAUAGUGAGAGAUCAGGAUGUAGGUAAGAAAAUGGGAGCAAUAAUUCCAAUGUAAUAUUUUUGGAACAAUUUUUUUUACCAUUCAAAUCAAGGCAUUUGUACGCGGAAAAUUUGUCAAUUGAAGAAUAGUCUUGAUAUAGUUCAUAAGUUUGAUCCAUUCAAAUUUUAUUGCUUGAAGUUUGUUUAGGUGU